AUGAAAACUAUAAUUCUUCUUGGGAUACUGGGAGCCACAAUGCCAGACCCGCUUAUUCCACAGCGCCUUAUGUCUGCAAGCAACAGCAAUGAGAUUAGUUUAAAUACUUAAAACAAUUUACUUCUGAAUCUUAAUAAUGCUCAGCUUCAGCCACUACAGCUUCAGGGCCCAUUUAAUUCAUGGAUUCCCCCUUUCCCUGGGAUUCUACAACAGCAGCAGCAGGCUCAAAUUCCAGGACUCUCCCGAUUCUUAUCAAUUCUCGACCAGUUUGCUGGACUGGUCCCAAAUCAGAUACCCUUCCCAGGACGGAUCAGUUUUGCCCAAGAAACCCAGGCAGGACAGCUGGACCCCUCACAGCCUCAAACACCACCGCAGACCCAACAGGGCCCUAAUAACGUUAUGCCCUCUGUGUUCUCCUUCAAAAUGUCUCAUGAGCAAGGACAGAUGCCUCUGUAGUACCCAGUUUACGUGCUCCUACCCUGGGAACAGCCUCAACAAACAGUCGCACAGUCACCUCUGCAAACCGGACAUCUGCUGUUUGAGGAGCAGAUGCCAUUCUAUACUGAAUUUGGAUAUAUUCCACAACAAGCAGAACCUGUUAUGCCGAGAGGACAGCAGCAACCAGCCUUUGAUCCCUUCCUAGGCACAGCUCCUGAAAUUGCUGUGAUGCCAGCAGGAGGAGUGUCACCAUAUUUACAAAAAGAAAUGAUAAAUUUUAAGCACGCCAAUGCAGGAAUUUUCAUUCCUUCAACUUCACAAAAACCCAGCACAACAAAUUUUUUUACUUCUGCUAUGGACCCAACUAUUACCCCAGAACUCAUGGAGAAGAAGGCCAAGACCAGUAGCCUAAAGGAACCAUAA